UCCACUACCAAGUCGACAAACUUUGAUGUUUGCCAUAUUUGUCUAAAUUUAGAAUAAUACACCGAGAAUAUGGUAAAGGUUCGCAUCCUUCCCAAUCAUAAAGGUAAUCCUGCAUUUCUCGUAAAAUAAAAGUGUUUUUCACCUGUAAAUGGAAUUUCAUUAUAAAUCAAAAUUCUUGCAACGUUCAAAACAUUAAAAAACAUAAAUGGCCAAAGCAACACGAUCUACUUUCUUAUGAAAAAGAUGACUUAUCCAAUAGUGUACAAUGUAAUCCAUCUCUACGUCUACCUAGAAUUCGUCCAGAAGCAACAAGCACAAUUGUAUCUAAAAGAACUUGUAGACAAAAAGAAAAAGAUGAUAGCUUAAAAUUAAUUACUCAGAAAUUAUCGAUCAUUACAGACGAAAUGAACGAAAUAAAAACAGACAUGUCGCAAUUAAAAAAGAUAUUUGAAAAUUAUGUGGAACGUAAAAGCAUAUCUGAAAACAGCGAUACAGAAAUUUAUGUUCCAUCAUAUUUAUAUCCGCAGUAUACUAAUUCGUUAUCUACACUUCCGCCAAGUCGGACUACUCGUCGGUUCAAGAAAAAUAAAGCUAAUGGAGAUGCACCUGAUCCAAGGUAUUUCUUGUUUGAAGAAAUCAGGCGAGGCAUAAAAUUAAGGCCAGUCAAUUGGUCCUCAAAUAAUAAAAAUCCUGAUAAAUUUCAUAGUAAGGAUGAAGAUAUUUUAAACGAAACCAAAGAAGGCGUAAAACCUUUGAAAGAAAAAUCGAUUGAUAUUUUGGAUAAAAAUGGGCUGUCUGGUAGUCUAUCCAAAGCAAUGACUGUUAGUUCUAAAGUUUCUUGCAGCAACACGAGUUCUGGUGAUUCUGUAGACAAUUAUAAAAAUGAUAAAUAAUAAUUUGUUCAAUUUAAUUUAAACUAAAAAAAUAUGACUAAGUAAUAUUAAUAUGGGUAAAUUAUGCUAUAUAAUUAAUUAAUUAAUUAACAUUUUAAACUUUUUAAUAUAAUACGAGGGCUUAAUAUAUUCUAUAUCUAGUUUACGCUUUCUCAACGUAAGACUUUCAUAUACAGAAACGGUGAAAUAAUAACUUAAGCGAAAUAAUGGGAUUAUUGAUAAUCGAUAACUCGACAUACUGAUUGCAAAAAGUUUAUUAAAAUUGGCUUGCACAAUGUUAUUCAUACUAAAAAACCUUCUUAGUAUCACGAGUUCAAAUAGGCUCGAUACACUAAAUUUUAACUAAAACUCUUAACACAGCUACCGAACAUUGCCAGUUAUGGAUAUGUAUUGGAAAACAUAAGAAAUUAAAAUGUUAUAUAAAUUAAGGUGCAGAAUAGGAGAAUGUGGUUCAAGUUGUCGUAACGUAAAGCCUAAUCGCUUUGUCACCAUUAACUUCAAUCAUCAAGAAACCAGUAUGCCCUUUGAAUAUAAAUACGAUAAAGUGUGUCGUUGAGCAUAUACACGUCCCCAUUACUUUAAGUCAAGUGCUACAUUAGCAUCCAAAUAUCCCUUGACUAUUGUUUAAAAUGAAGUUAAUUUAGGUGCCAUACACUUAAAUACUUUUCGUUAUAGCAAUAAAUAAAAAAAAUAAUUAAUUGAAAUUAUAAAACUUUUAUAAUUGUAAAAAGACUUCAGAGGUAGUGUUGUUUAAAU